CCUUCAGCGUUGUGGUGUGGUGAGGGGAUUUUGUCGUAUGUUGGACAUCGGCAUGAUUAUGUUGAACGGGAUGAGGUUCCUAGUGGGUCUGAGGUGCUUUUCCAGACACAUUUCUAACGAUAUUUCCAGAAGACACUUUCCAGGUUCUGGAAGGUCAUGCGCUGGUCAGUUGAUGAGGUUCUGCUCCAUAACUUCAAAAAGCACGAAAGAACAUGAUAAUGGUAGUCUGAUGCUAAAGCAUCUAAUUGCAAAAAUAAAGUCAACAGGCCCAAUCUCUGUCGCAGAGUACAUGAGAGAAGUUUUAACCAAUCCUGUCACAGGUUAUUAUUACCACAGAGAUGUUCUGGGAGCACAAGGAGAUUUCAUUACAUCACCUGAGAUUAGUCAGGUUUUUGGAGAACUACUGGGAAUUUGGUGUGUAAGUGAGUGGAUGGCUGCUGGUAAACCAAAGGCAUUUCAUCUGGUAGAACUUGGGCCUGGCAGGGGGACUUUAGCAAGUGACGUUCUAAGGGUCUUCAGCCAACUCAGUUCUGUGUUGAGGGCAUGUGAGAUUUCUGUACAUUUGGUCGAAGUGAGUCCAAAGCUCAGUGAAACUCAAGCACGGCUUUUAACUGAAGGGGAGCACUGCUUAUUACAUGAUCCCAGUGCUGCAGUUUAUAAGACGGGUAUUACCAAAACAGGGCUUCCAAUUUCCUGGUACAAGGACUUACAGGAUGUACCAAAAGGUUUUGGCUUUUAUCUUGCACAUGAGUUUUUUGAUGUGCUUCCAAUCCACAAGUUUCAGAAAACCAAGCAGGGAUGGCGUGAAAUACUGAUUGACAUUGAACCACAAUCACCAGAAAAGCUUCGGUUUGUCCUAGCACCCUCUGCCACUUUUGCUUCAAAAACAUUAAUUCAGAGAGAUGAUGAAAGGGACCACAUAGAGAUCUGCCCUGAGGCUGGUGUCAUCAUCCAUAGUCUAGCCAGUCGAAUCACUGAAGAUGGUGGAGCAGCACUAAUAGCUGACUAUGGCCAUAACGGAACAAAGACCGACACAUUUAGAGGUUUUCGUGGACAUCAGCUUCAUGAAGUUCUCAUGGCACCUGGAACAGCAGACUUGACAGCAGACGUAGAUUUCAGCUACCUGCGGCAAAUGACAAAGGGAAAAGUGACCACCUUAGGACCAAUUUCACAGCAGGAAUUUCUAAGGAAUAUGGGCAUUGAUGUAAGACUUCAGGUACUAUUGAAAAAUACAUCUGACCCAGCCACACACAAAAACCUAAUUGAAGCCUACGAUAUGAUAAUGAAUCCUAAGAAGAUGGGGAAACGAUUUAAGUUUUUUGCUUUGAUGCCUCAUGGUAGAGUAGUAAGUCAAGACGCCAAGCCUGUGAAACAUGGCCGAAAGGCAUCACCUGUUGCAGGAUUCAGUGAACUGCAUUUGUAAAGCAGGACCAGGAAAACUAGUCGGAUAUGAUUUUCACUGCCCUGCUACACCGUAAGUGAAUAAACUCAUGGUGCUGAAUCCAAUGUCAAACCAUUUUGGUUAUGUAAAUCUCGUCCUAGGAGUAAUUCAUAAAUGAAUUGAUCUAAGUGUUUCCAUUAUUGAUUGGUUAAAUGCAUUAUUCAACCAAACGUCACCUUGCUGCUGCUCACCCUGCAUACAGUACAUUAUUUAGGCAUCAUAUUCUGAUGUGGAAAAAGUGGAUACAGUGUUAAGUGACAGGUUGGCAACCAACCCCACUGCUGGUUUUGGAUGUUAUGAACGUAUGAGUUGUGACUGCACCCAUCUGGGCAAGUGGUAAGUAUUCUAUCCCAAUGCCUGUUUCACCCUCGAAAGUGAUUGUCACCUUUCAUACAGCAUCUGGCCCUUACAGUUUUCAUAACACAUAUUGUUGAUGUUAUUUUUCCAUUCAGUCAUUAUCAGUGAAAAUUGGUUGAGUAGUUGCUGAGCCAGUCAAACUUGGCACUUAUCUUCUUAAGUCUUUAUCACAAGAGAAUAACUGAAUGGAUUAAAACUAUGGGGGCAGGAGGGGUGGGUGUUGUAAGUAGGAAUAGGAAUGUAGAAAAUGGGUGUCAAUAUUAGUGAACAGAUUUUUACUGCCGCAGAGGUUGCUUUUCUGUAUGUAUUGAUGUCGUAAUGCUUUUGUUCUGGGAUUGCACCAUUGCACAUGGGUUCACUCUGCUGGAGUCCACCCCGUUCGGCAGCACUUCAGUGUCUCAGCACUGAGUACUACAUGCAACAAUGAAUUUCAAUUUUUUUUGUGUGAUAAAACAAUUUCCAGGCAAGUGCUUGGAUGAUUCUUCUAGCAUUGGAAACAAUUGCUAGAACUGGUUUCAUCAUCUUUUUCCUUCCAUUCUAACCACUUGACCUGAAAUCUUCAUCAGCCUACCAGCUUAUGUCAUCAAUGAGAUAAUCUUUUCCUGACAACUCUUCCAACUUUCCUUUUACGGCACUUGUAUCAGUUGUUUUGUUUUCUCACACAUCUUCUCUCCCCUAAAACUACCAUCUUUCCUUUCAUGCCUAUUUAUUUCCCUCCCUUCCUUGGGUCCUUGAUGAUUCCUAACUUUUAACAACAGCUUCUUUUGUUUACAGCUAAUGAGCUUAAGCAAUAACAUGAAUUAUCAUUGUUAUGAAUUGAAUGGUAGUGAAUUAUUGCUUCUCAACGCUUCAACCUUUGUAUUAAUGCUUAUCUUGCCUCUUUGAUACAGCUCCGAGUCUCCUAUGAAUCUGUCCUCGACUUAUUAUUUUGCUAGAUGUUGCUCCUCAGUUACAUUGCUUGGAAGGGUCAGCUUUCACAAAUUGCAUUAAUAAUAGCCCCUCUACAUCUCUAAGCCCUUUGCUGCCUCAAGUACUUCCACGCUGUAUGAUUCUUUGCUGAUUAUCAGACAAGUAAUGGAGGGAUAUAGACCAUGUUCAGGCAGAUGGGAUUAGUUUAAAUUGGCACCGUGGUGAGCACAUAGUGGGCCAGAUGGCCUGUUGUGUGCUGUAAAAUGUUCUAUCAUCAGGUUUUAGAUAUUCACAACAUUGAUUUGAGACAUUGAGGUGCAUAAGAUUAACUUCCUCGGUUAAAAUGAGCACACAAAUUUCAUUUUGUACCUCUAAUUUCAGCCCUUAGUAACUUUCACAUAGGCACCUAUAUCUUUUGCAACCUGUAUUCUGGUUGUUGGGGGAGUGGAAGGGACCAGGUUUGGAUGAUGGGGUGUGAUGCGGCAGGGAGAGGGACUGAUUGGAAGAUCUAUUCAUACAAUUUUCUGACCAGGGCAUUACUACCAAGGCCAAUAUUUAUUCCCAGCCUAAUUGUGCUUGGCAGUAAAGGUGCCCAGUGGGUGGUGAGGUCCAGUAUUUAGACCCAGCAACAAUGUUUGCACGGCAGUAUAGUAUCCUAAUUGGUGGUGGUUUCCAAUUUGCUUGCUGCCCAAGGGUUUAGAAGGCAACCUUAGUGGCCAGGUGCAUAAGGUUUGUGAUGUGUCCCAAAUGCUCUUUUCUAAAUGAAAAUAUUGCAAUAUACACUUAAUACAAAGUACAGUAUACCAGUGGUGGACAGAGAUUGGCAACCGAAAUGCUGCUCAAACAUGCUGCAUUGUCCUGGAUGAGGUGCAUAUUUAAAUGUUCUUGGAGCUGCACUCGUCCAGACAAAUGGAAAGUAUCCAUCAAAUGCUACUGACUUGUGCCUUGGAGAUGGUGGGAAAAGCCAUCAGUCAUGCACCACAGAACACUUGCUCUCAGAUCUGAUGUUGUAGCCACAAUGGUUAUGUGGCUGGUCCAUUUGAGUUUCUGCUCAAAGGUGACCCUCUGUGCUGUUGGAAGACAUAGUGGUAGUAAUGCUUAUUGGAAAGGAGGGGGCCCAUGAAGAGUAGUGGCUGGGAGAUUCUUCGGGAUACAUGUAGGGGGAGGGAUUUAAAAUUUAAAAAAAAAAGGGUUCUGGCAGCAGUGGUGGGUGAAUCUGGAACCUGCUAAAUGGGGAUGGUUUGAGGAAAGUCUUUCCAGGGUGGUAAGUGAGGAAGGUCAAAGGAUAUAGAUGCAUCUGGGAGGUUUACAAGCUGUGAUACGAUGACCAUUGUGUCCCACAACAGAAAUCCCUACCGGAACAAGGUGGUCCAAGUUCACCUGUAAUGCUCCAUAAGUACUGCACAAGGAAUGACAUCAUCCCGUGUGCAGUGCUCCAAAGGAGUAUUAGAUGGGGAAUGACAUCUUGUGCCCUGAUGUGGAAAUCACAGUGGGUAACUAAUGACUAGUAGUACAGGUGGGGUUUUAAGUAUUGUGAAUUUAUCUGGAAAUGGUGAUGAUUAUGUUUCACUCAGGGGAUGUAGAGUUUUCAAUUGCGUAACUAUGAACAAAGCAGCAUUAUGCAAUUAAUUUUCCAGGAAGAUGUCCAUUAUCAACAAGACCACUUUCUUCCAUCUCUCUCCCCAUUUUGGCUUCUUUCCUGCAGCUAUCUCGCACAGCUAUCUCCAUCUUGCUGUUUGAGUCCAUCUCAGCCAACUCCAAAACUCUCUUAUUUUGCCACCAGGAAAAUAUUACUCAUGCAUCUGUCCUUCAAUCUUUAUAGGUAUCUAAAUCUCUCCAGAAGCAGGUCCCAUCCUCCUGAUUCCCUGAAUACAACACCAAGUGUAUUUCCCACCAAACUCCUUUUCCAAAGAUUGCCAAUUGCACUUUCAUAUUGAGUCCUACUGGCUGUCCUCAUUGAUGACUUUCAGGUCUCACCAUCUCUGCCACUUACUUAAAAUGUUGUUCACACCUCAGUGUUGCUGCCAUCAUGAUAUGCCAUCCAUUCCCUUGCACCACAUUAGUAAUGCCUUGAGGUUAAAGAUAUUAUAUAAAUGUGAACUGUUGUCAGCACUUGAACUGUAAUUUUGCAAAUAAAUGACAGUAAAAGUAACAAUUUUAAAUUCCAAUCAGUUUUAUUAAACUGUAAGUACUAAAAUAUACAAAACACUUUUCUGUAAGAUUCCUGCCAAGCCAGUGGCAACACUGAUGAUGUAAAGAUUCUCAGGAACAGCCUGUAAAUAUUUCCCAACAGUUAUCAUAAACUGACUGGUCUUUUGUGCUGUUGUCUUAAGUAUGGUUCCUUAUUUCCAUCACACUUAAUAGUAAAUAUAGACCAUGGCAACUGCACUGAUUAGUUGGUGCAGUGUAAAAAUGCUGGAGAGCCCUUAUUAAACCACCACUAUAAUAUUCAUGACUAUUCAGCACACACCAGGGUAAGCAAAAAGUGGAUUUUUUUAAAAAAGAAUCUCAUAGACAAAAACAGACUAGGUUAAAUAAAAUUUGGUUUUGCCAUCCAUUAUCUGGCCCCUGACUGUAUGUUCUAUUUAUUAAUUAAAAAAAGGAAAUAGUAUGACAUAUUUUAUCCCACUCAAGUUGAGAAUCUUUUACACUUCUAGUGCCUUCUCACUAACUCUGCCAAAGGACAUAUUUUCUGAACAAUUUGCCAAACAUUUGUUUAUCCUACAUGCAUUAGUUAGCCGGGGGCUCUUCCAAUUUUUGCUCUGUGAUGCAAUUUUAAAAACAGAGUGGAAUGAUCAGGAACCACUUGCAAAGUUAAUGCAUUAGAGCAUUAAAUUGAUUGUUCUAAUAUUUAAAUAAAAUAAAAAUCUUGAAAGCUAUUUAUAAAAUCUAGGUGAUUAUUACUUAAGGUUUAUUUCACUGUAAGGAGUAAUGCAACUCUGCAUAAUUUUAUUCACUGUCUAUACUCCAAUAUUACAGGAUUGGAUCAUAGAGACAGCACCCAUGGGACUUCAGUGAUGGUGGAUUACACAAGUGGGAAUCUUUGUUGGGUUAUGUAAUUGAGAAUCCUUGAGCUACAAAUACUCUUUAAUUUACGCAUCCAAAUACAGCUAUCAAUACACUGUAGUAUUUAUCUGCCUUUACAAACCAACUCCAGAACAUUCACCAUGUCUUAAGGAAAAAACAUGAAGACAAAGAUCCCUAUCAAAUAAAAGACAAGGAAUGCAGAAGCAAUAUUAAGCAAUGGUGCAAUUUACACAUUAAAAUUCCUAAACCAAGCCAAAUUUAGGAAAAUGGGAAUUUGAAUGUCAUGUUCAUUCUUCACCCAAUUUGCAAAUUUUGUACAGUACCAAUUCAAAGGGUUAGUUUGGUCCCUGUUGAUGAUGGAUGUACACAGGCAACAAGAAAUAUUCUCCAAGCAAAAUGUAUAAUUGAUGUGAUGCAAUUUUAGUUGCUUUAAUUUAUUAAUAUUUUAUAUAAUUUGACUAUACUAGAUCUGGUAUACUGUACUUCCACAUCCCUAAUUGUAACAGGUUAGGAAAGUAAUACUUGUCAAAAAGAAGAGGUUUACCUUAAAUCCUUAAAAUAGACUCUAAACUUAAUUUGCUUCCUUUGCCAAAAUUGCACUUAAAUCACAUAGAGCAAAGAUAACAGCACAGUUGCAAUAUAUAAAAACAUAUAUAUAUCUCAAACCAGAAGGAAAGCACUGGCUAAACUUAAUUUUGGGAAUGUUUGUGACUAUAACCAAGUUACUUCACUCCUUAGAUCAUCUUCCAGUAUUGGAGUGCACAAUUUAGUCUAAUAACACUCAAUUAUAACUAAUGCAAGACAAACUAUAGCACACUUAAAUAUACAAGCGUAAGCAAAAGGCUAACACUAAAGCAUAAAAUGAGAAUU